GGAAGGAAGGACUAAUACCAUCAGUCUAUCCAUCGUAAAAAUGAUUAAAAUGGAUGCGCCCUAGAAUGGAAAAUAUACCUUCUGCUUUCUCCUUUGGAUCUGAGGAAGUAGACAACAUGGAAUUUCACAACUCCCAGUCAGCCAGUUUGGAUCCAGCGGUCCAUGGAACCCCAAAUCUGAUAGCAGGCGUGCAGUACGCCUCCAUGGGAUCUGGUGGACAGAGGAACACUAUGUACCCCACACAGGGAAAUAUCACAUUACAGAGGGCAAAUGCUUUUGAUCUGCCCCAUUUACAGCUUCAAUACCACCAAACAAUGUCUGUGCCGGCUUUCCCUAAUUUCCCAGGAGGAACAUUUAACCAGAUAGUUUCUCCAAGACCACAUAUGACUCCAACCAAUCUCCAAGCAAUGGCUGGCUUUACAGAUCCAGCCCAAUUCAUUCCACAAGCAGUUCUUACACAACAGCGAUCAGGACCUGCAGCAGAUAAGAUGGACACGCUUCCGAGCUUUAAUUCAAUAGUGGCAUCAGCAGCAAGCAGUAUAUCCACCAUGAACAUGCAUCCACAGCUGAUGACAAACAGCAAAGAAGCUGCUCGAAUGUUUGCUGCGCAAAGCAAGAUGGCUGUUACCACUUCUCAUUCCUCCCAGCCCAUGUCAGAUCCAGUAGAUUCUCAGGGACAAGUGUUCUUUACAGGUCCCCAACCAAAUACUCAGCUCAGCCAGCAGCAGCGUCAGCAGAAACCUGCUGAGUUCCUGCCCCGAGAUCAAUCACCUGCUGUGCAGCAUGACUCAAGCUCCUCCACAUCUUCUCAAUCUGCCAGUUCCCAGUAUCGUCCAACACAAGUUUGUUUUGAAGCAUCUCCAAAUAUUGAUGCAGUGAACUCCAGCUUCUUUGCCCAGUCUGAAUCUGGACCAGGGCAAGUUCACAGUGUUCCCCAUAAACCAUCAGUUUCUUUGCCAAAUAAUAAUAGAGAGAACCUGUCAUUCACAGCAGCUGGAUUGAUUCCUGUUAAUGGGUCUGCUUUUGAACAAACAUCCAACUCGGAGCAUUCAACCACUGGUUCUGUUCUCCAAGACAGAAGUGGCAGCAAUAGCCAUGAUAGAUCACCUUUGCCAACUGAUGAUGAAGCUGAAGGAGAAAAGUAUUCAGAAACAGCCAUGUCUUUGACUCCCCAUUCCUCAAAUGAUACUCAAGAUAAAAUACAUAUAUCCAAACCUUCACUCAAACAUACCAUUAAAAAGUGUUCCUCUAGAGUCACGCAAGAGAGAACAGCUGUAUGUAAACCUAAAUCCAUUCCUGAUACUCCCUCGUCCCGUACAGUCCGAUUCCUUUUGUUAGGGAAGUUUGGUGAUCAGUCUCCGUGGACACACCAGACAGACUGCAAUGUGUAUGACACCAGUGACAAUGUUGACUUUGAUGAUACUAUCAAUUUUGGUAACAUGACUGAUCAUCAGGAUGACAACCACAAUGUUAAAGCUGAAUCCAAAGAAAGAUUAGAGUGUGAUAGAAGGCAGGGUUCUGGCUUUACUGAUGAUGCAGAAGCAAAGCAGGACCCACAAUCUUACAGGAACACGGUGUCUCAGAAUAGGGUUGGCAUUCCAUCAACAUCUGAAAUGACCUCUGCUGGCCAGGAAGGCAACCUUCCUUCACCGGCUGGGAGCUCUGGUUCUGAGGGUAUGAUCGAUGAAGAAGCUCCUUCUGUUGAUGUUUCUGCAGCAGAGAGUGCUGACAGAGGACAACUGCAAGAGUCCGAGCCUGAUGAUGACGAUAAUGGUCCUGUGUUCCCGGGCAUGGGGAAGUGCGCCAUCAAUCCAAAAACUUUCUUCCAGGUUCAGCCAGACCUUGAAGACAUUCCAUAUUUUGAUUAUGUUGACAAGGAAGCAGAAAUGAAGCGUAAAAUGUGGCAAGCUAAGAAAGAGCAGCUUGAAAUGGAAAGGAUGGAUGUGCAUGUGAAGAUCGAUGACUCCCAGUGUAUCACUGUUGGAGAUCAAAAACGGUGGCAGUGUCACAAAUGUCCAAAGAACUACACGACCAAACAUAAUCUUGUGACUCAUAUCCUUGACCACAGCGGUAUUAAACCCCAUCUGUGCAUGGUGUGUGGCAAAUAUUUCAAACAGUUGAGCCACCUGAACACUCACAUGUUGACUCAUGACAACGUCAAACCUCACGUGUGCCCACUCUGUGGUAAGGGUUUUACCCAAGUGAGCCAUCUGAAGAGACAUCAAGCUGUCCACCUGGACAACAAACCUUACAUCUGUGAUAUCUGCAAUCGAGGCUUCGCCUACCCCAGUGAACUGCGAGUCCACAAAGAGAAGCACAUCCCUGGGAGGGACAAGUGUGUUGACUGUGGUGAGGACUUCUCCAGCCCCAAGCUGCUCAAACAGCACCAGGCCACCCACGAACAGAGGGAGGAGCUGACAUGUACACAGUGCAGUCGGAUGUUUCGCUACCCUAGUCAGCUGAGGGACCACAUGGUAACCCAUUCUGGGACACGCCCCUACAUCUGCACUGAGUGUGGGAUGGACUUCAUGAAGGACCACCAUCUCAAGGCCCACAUGUUUACCCAUACUGGCCUGCGCCCCUUCAGCUGCCAGGAAUGUGGGCGGGCCUUCAACCAGAAGGCCAACCUCCAGCGCCACAUGCUGAUCCACAGCUCUGAGCGGGCCUACAGGUGUGAGCAGUGUGACAAGACCUUCACCCAGCCCCAGACUCUCAAGGCACACAUGGUGGUUCAUGCUGAAAAGAAACCCUUCUGGUGCAGCAUCUGUGGUAAGGAGUUUGGGCGCCUGCACAACCUCCAGGGCCACAUGCACAUGCACAACAACUCCAAGCCCUAUGUGUGCCUCUGUGGGAGCUCGUUCACACUCAAAGGAAACCUGAAUCGCCACAAGAAGGUGAAGCAUGGCCUCAAUGAGAGCACGGAAAGCAUGGAGGAAGAAGCUGUGAACUUCCUGAGUCUCAUGUCCGAGCGAAUCAGGGAGGAGCGAUCACUGGACGAGGAUGAGGCUGACCAGCAGGAUGCGCAAGAAAUGUUGGACAGCCCACCUAUUGACCAGUCAGGUGACUUCAAAUCUCACCGGAGGGAGAGGAAGUCGCUCCCGAGGAAGAUUCCCAGACAGAGGAAGUCUGUGGACAAUGAUGACAGUUCCUCCAGAGAUCAAUGUGAUGAUGAAGAGGAACUGUCGCAGUACUUCAGGCCAUUAGGAGGUAGCGGCAGCAGCAGCAGUCAGAUGAGACCCUGCAGACGCAGUCUCAAGAGGGAGUUUUCAUCAGAUGAGGAAGAUGACACGAAAGCACUUAAAACAAGAAGAGGUCACAGAUCAGUUCAAGUUGAAGAGGUCAAGGUCAAAGAAGAAGUCGCAGAUGAGUCUCACAGUGAUGGUGAGGCUCGAGAAGAAGGUUAUGAUGAUGAUGAUGAUGACUGGAGUCCCAGUCUUAAACGGCCUCGUUUACAACUUGGAGCAAAACUUGACUCUCUCAUAGCAAAGAAGUUUCAAAGUGCUUGACACAAUCUAUUAAUUUCUGAGUGUCGUGGUGUAUUGUUACAUGCUUAAUCAGUCUGCUCUUCUUUUUUUACACAGUUAAAUAGCUAUGGUUACUAUAGGAUACAGCAUGUUCCAGGCAAUUAUUAAUCUGGUAUCCAUGACAUGAAUACGCCCAUAUUUCAAAAUCCAUUGUCUCAUAUUUCCAUUCUGUGAUAAGUAGCAGCAGUACCAUGAGGUGUUUGAGUGUUUUAUAUUUGUCACACAAUAGGUUUUGUACCACAAGCUGAGAGAUAUAAAACCUAAAGUUAGACUUCUCAAUCCACAUAUACCUCUCAAUAUUUAUCUUACUGGCAUGUUUCAUUCUGCAAUUGCAAAAAAACCCAGAAAAUUGAUAGAAAAACGUGUUUGAUUGAGCUGAGAUUAAUUUGUGCUGAGUUGCAUGUUUUUCAUUCACUUUUAAACAAAGUGCAGCUUUUUGCUUCAUAUUGGGUUACAGGAGAUUUAUUGUGCCUGCUCAGCCGUCAUUUAAUUAUGCUGCCUGUUUUUUCAUGGUGAGGUGUAAAGGAUUUAUUUUCCUGUUCAGACAUUUAUUUCUCCCAGUGGAUUACACACAGAAUUUCAUCAAAAUGGGAACCAAUCAAAUCUCAACACUCUGGCAUGGAAGUAAGAUAUAUACCCUAGACACUUUCACCAUCGCAGCUUUUGUUUAACCAUGUUAACACCAGUUUGAGAGAAACAUUCAAUCAAGUUACUCUUUUCUUCCUUACAACAAGCAGCAUUUUCCAGCCAGGAAUUUGUCUUGUCUUUUGUGUGCUAUUGCAAGGAGGGUGAGUCCCAUCCGGGAUUCAAACCCACACUUUCAGAGUCAGCCACCUAAACACCAGCACACAAAGUCUGUCAAGUGUUCAGAGGAGCCAUUUUAGUUUUUAGCUGAGUUCAGGUUCGUUACUGCAAGAAACUGUUGGUGAUAAGAAGGAUGGAUGGUGGUGUCACUUCUGAAAUAGAGCUAUGGUGGUGAAUAUGUCCAGGGUAUUGAUUGUAUUAGGAUGGAAACAUGAUACACCAGAUAUUGAGGAUGGAAUUUCAACAUUUCAACACAUAUGUAAAUUCAACAUUUCAACAUGCAGCCAUUCCAGACAAGUUCUGUCAGCAUGGACGUUUUUGAAUGAAUAACCAUGUUCCAAACUUGUAAAUAUCCAUAAAAGUCCAAGGAGAAUUUGGUGUGCAACAUGGUAUUUGGCUUCCAUGAUGCACUUUAUUGCCAUAUGACUGGACGACUGUGAUUCAUCAAAUCUCAACACUUGCUAUUCGUCGUAUUCAAUCCUCAAUGAAAACACUUAAGACCUGACUGAAACAUAAUGAUAAAAUCUGAGUGAGUCGGUACGAGACUGGGGAACUUGUGAACAUUCCAUCCGAAAAAAGUAUUUUACUAUUCAUUUUCACAAGUCAGUGUUUCACAUAUACAUGUA